AGAGGCAGGAGGGUAAGCACUUACUGUGAGCUGUGCAAGGGCUGUGGACACGGCCCCUCACUCACUUCUUUGCGUACUUCUCUCUCCCCUUCCCCGACUCCUCUCUCUCUCUCUGCCAUCGCCAGUUGAUUGAUUCCUCCCUCCACCCUCUCGUUUCUUAGUGUGCCUGGGUUGUCCCAGAUUGCUGCCUCCAAGCUCAGUUGGAUUCAUUCAGUGCCUGGUUUGGAGUGGCAUUCCAUCUUUGUUAUAAUCGGGAGAGUCUCAAGGUGGGAGAAGAGGAGGAGGGAACAUGACGCUGGAGGAUUGGGAUUGAGAUAUUGGAGCAGGUGAGACGCAGAGGCGAGCAUUUGGUGGUGGUUUGCAUUGAUGCUGUUAACGAUCUCACGUCUUUUAACCACCACCAGCUGAGACGGCGUAUGUGUUAGGGAUCUCGACACAUUGCAUCUGUGUCAGAUGUUAAUCCAGUGCUGUCGAUUCUGACACGCAUUUUUCAUCCAUCUGGAUGUGGACGAGUUCACUGGCCUUGGAUCCACCUCCUCUGACGUCGCCGUCAGUGUGCAUCAUCAACCUAGCACUACUGUUUCUGUUCUGCGGCACCUGAUCUGCUCGGGCUCACUGAUGGCGGUGUUGCAGUAGUCAAGCACGAAGCACACUGUUUCCGAUUUCGAGUGCCAGCAACGACUACGAGGGAUUCAGUGCGCGGAAAUGUGCAGUGCUGCUUGGCCCUUAAUGAUUCGCGAGAUUGCCAUUGUCGUCCAGAAUUCAGGGAUGUUAUAUAUGUUUCGUCAGGAAAUGAUAUAGAGCUGGCUGCAGUCGUCGAUUCACAGUUCUCUUAAACUUGUCCCAAAUCCACAAGUUCCGGAAGGGGUCAGCACUCCUGGUACUACGAAUCAAUGGCUCCUCGGUUUGAUUUUGGAGAUUGGUGGUCCAAGGAGGAGCACGAAGGAACACCCGUUGUAGUUAAAAUGGAAAAUCCCAAUUGGGAUAUGUUAGAACUGAACGGCCCUCCCCAGUCAGGUGGCGAAAUUGGCAAAGGGAGGAACAAGAACGCGAAACAGUUGACGUGGGUGUUGCUAUUGAAGGCACAUCGAGCAGCUGGAUGCGUGGCAUAUCUGGCCACAGGACUGUGGACGCUGUUGUCUGCUAUUCAGAAUCGUAUAAUUGCCCCGAAAGCAUCUGGCGUGAAACUUGACAAACCUGUGAAGGGAAAACUCUACAGGUUCAUCAGGGCUUUCUUGGUCACUGCGCUUGUGAUGUUGGGCAUUGAUUACGGCGCUCACAUGCUUGGAUGGCAUUUUACCCCCCCAGCUGGUGUCAAUCUGAUAAACCUGCCGCAUGCUAUUUACAUGGGAUGGAUGGUCAUCCGACUGCAGUACAUUGGUCCAGCUCUGCAACUUGCCGCCGACAGCUGCAUAGUUCUUUUUCUGAUCCAGUCGGCAGACAGAAUAACGCAGUUUAUGGGGUUCAUGUACGUGAAAUUUAGGGGGAUUAAACCCAUUCCGGCGAAUCCAUCGUUUGAGUCUGAUGACCCCGAGAUGCCUGACAAAGGCUACCCCAUGGUCUUGAUUCAAAUACCCAUGUGCAAUGAACGAGAGGUGUACGAGCAGUCAAUUUCUGCUGUUUGUCAAAUAGACUGGCCGAGAACUCGCAUGCUGGUGCAGGUUCUUGACGACUCGGAUGACGUGGAGACACAGGAGCUGAUCGCAGCCGAGGUUCACAAAUGGCAACUGAAGGGCGUGAACAUUGUCUACAGGCAUCGGGAAAACCGCACAGGAUAUAAGGCUGGUAACUUGAGGUCAGCUAUGGAGUGUGACUAUGUGAGAGACUAUGAAUUUGUGGCGAUAUUUGAUGCCGAUUUCCAACCGAAAGCUGACUUCCUCAAGCGUUCUAUGCCACACUUCAAGGACCAGCCGAAGCUGUGUCUUGUGCAAACACGAUGGGCUUUUGUAAACAAGGACGAGAACUUGCUCACGAGGCUACAGAACAUCAAUUUGUGCUUCCACUUUGAGGUGGAACAGCAAGUGAACGGACACUUUUUGAAUUUCUUCGGGUUCAACGGCACAGCUGGCGUUUGGCGAAUCAGUGCAUUGGAAGAUUGUGGCGGAUGGAUGGAUCGCACAACUGUGGAGGAUAUGGAUAUUGCAGUUCGCGCACAUCUCUGUGGUUGGAAGUUCAUCUUCCUGAACGAUGUUCGAUGUCUGUGUGAGCUUCCGGAAUCUUACGAGGCUUACAGGAAGCAACAGCACCGGUGGCACUCGGGUCCUAUGCAACUAUUCCGCCUGUGUCUUCCAGAUAUCAUUAAGUCCAAGAAGGUGACGGGUCUACAGAAGUCAAAUCUGAUAUUCCUGUUCUUCUUGCUGAGGAAAUUGAUUCUGCCAUUUUACUCCUUUACGCUGUUCUGCGUGAUUUUACCGUUGACGAUGUUUGUACCGGAAGCCCAGCUGCCAGUGUGGGUUGUUUGCUACAUUCCAGCGGUGAUGUCUUUUAUGAAUAUUCUGCCGUCACCAAAGUCUUUCCCAUUUUUGAUACCGUAUCUACUCUUUGAGAACACCAUGUCGGUGACGAAGUUUCAAGCCAUGAUAUCCGGGCUGUUGCAGUUGAGCAGUUCGCUGGAGUGGGUGGUGACAAAGAAGUCCGGUCGGACGUCAGAAGCAGACCUGCUGGCUGGCGUUGAAGAUUCUAAACCUCAAGACCAGCUGCAGAAGCUGAAUCGUGUCACUUCGGAAUCUGGUCUUGAGGCGUUAAAAAAAGUGCAAAAGGACAGCGCUGUAGUUGUUCCAAACGCUGCUCCUUCUCUGAAGAAAAAGAAAAAGAAUCGUCUGUACUGGAACGAGCUUGCACUAGCAUGCUUGCUCCUCACAGCUGCGAUGAGGAGUUUGCUGACAGAGCACGGGCUCCACUUCUACUUUUUGCUUUUCCAGGGUGUCUCAUUUCUCGUAGUCGGGCUCGACCUGAUCGGGGAGCAAGUGAGCUGAAUUGUGUAAAUCAUUGAGUGGGUGGUCCUUGUUAAAAUCUCGUGUGUCUGCCCCAAAUCAUGGGUUGCUUCCGUAUUAAAACGUCCCAGGAGGCGCAAGCAACCCUGAAUUUGGUGCAGCCACAUUGGAAGGAUGAGCGAUUCGAUUGUGCAAUUGCAGGUGCAGUUGCAUUUGAUGCUCCAGAGCGGUUCUGAAGUGUCAAGUUUUUGUGCACAUUAGGUAGACAUUGGUAGGAGCUUGAGGUGUUCAUUGCGCGGCCUGCUGGAGGCAAAGGGAGACAAGCCAAUAGGGUAUGCCAGCCCAUGCUGGGUACGCUCGUCGCGGCCAAGCCUGCACCCUAUUAGUAGUUGUUUCAACGUCAGACCAUUCUUUUGAGCCAAUACAUUUAUUCAGAUGCCUUUACGACAGGCGCUAGCAUUAGUCAAUAUUAACUACGGAUUGCGCUUUGGGCUUAUGUGAAUAAACCAUCAGUCGUUGGUGUCAGAACUAAACACCAGUAAUGUAUGCUUCUACAUUCAGCGGUGCUGCAACUCGUCAACAUUUCGAGCUGCUCCACCCAAGAAAUAAACAUGACGAUUCAAUCUCA